CUGGUACUCGCGCGGCAGCUGCAGUAAGUUCUACCGCCGCUCGAUCUGUGGUUGGUCAACUAGAGGCGGGACUGGGCAGUUCCGUCGACUUCAGCCGCAGCGUUUCCCUCUCGGGUGUCUUCCCGCAGCCUCUGGAGAGAAGACGGACCCUCCCUCUGUCAGAGAAAUGUCUGCUCCAGCUCAGCCACCUACCGAAGGGGCAGAAGGGGCUGCCCCAGGUGGGGGUCCCCCUGGCCCUCCUCCUAAUACGAGUAGUAACAGACGACUACAGCAAACCCAGGCACAAGUUGAGGAGGUGGUGGACAUCAUGCGUGUGAAUGUGGACAAGGUCCUGAAGAGGGACGAGAUACUGUCAGAGCUGGAUGACCGAGCUGACGCCUUGCAGAUGGGAGCGUCACAAUUUGAGAGCAGUGCUGCCAAGCUAAAGAGGAAGUAUUGGUGGAAAAACUGCAAGAUGAUGAUCAUGCUGGGAGCGAUCUGUGCCAUCAUCGUGGUAGUUAUUGUAAGACCUCCAUCCUCAGAGGACUGGCUUUCUAACUCCAUGGCUGUUUCCCAUGAUAGUAAGAUGGCUGCCACAGCAUAGACAUCAUGUCUUCAAACAAACAUCCCCCAGACAAGAAAGAAAGGACAAGGAAAACCAAAAACCUUUUCCUAAUGAUGCUUUUUUUUUGUCCUGGGAACGAGACUUCCCUGUACCUGUCACUGGCCAGAAAUGGAUCCCGGGCCCCAUCCUAAACCAAUUCCUGGCAAAGGGGAAUGGGUUUAUUGGCUCCCGGGACUGGAGGAAGGGCCUCCCCUCCUGAUAUCAUGGAAUCUCUGCCUUAGUACAGGAAAGGAGUUCCGUUCCUAGGACAGGUGCAGAAGCCUGCUGGGUAGGUAGCAGAAAGAGUCCAUCACAGCUGUCAAUGUGAACCCCUCCAUCUUUUGAAAAAAGAAAUUCUUAGUUACCCCAGGACUACAUGCCCCCACAUGUCCCACUGCUGCCGCUCUAUACACAGUUACGUCCAUCUCUCUCCUGGACUGCUGCCUUAGCCUCCUUACUGGCCUCCCCACACCCAUGCUGACAUUGGUUGGAUUCAGUACUGGCUUUCUCCUCCAUGUAGUAUAGGAGUGGGGUUCUCAAAAAUAAUAUAUGAGAGACUAUCUAGAUUCAGACUUAAUUAUCCCAUGAUUAGCUACUACGGUAUCUGGUUCCAUCUUUCGAAGGCAGCAGUCAAGAGGCUGUCUUCAUUGAUUUUUCUAUCAGCUUUCAUUCUAAACAAGAACUCUCUCAGUAUAAAGUGUGCUCUGUCAAUGUGUCAUGGAGCCUGUAUUAUAAUAACUCAGCACUGGCAAAAUAGGCACGGGCAGUGUUACAGGCUGAAUUGUGUCUUCCACAGUUCAUAUGUUGGAGUCUUAAUCCCCAGCACUUAGAAUGUGAGGUAUAUUUGGUCUUUAAAAGGAUAAUUAAAUUAAAGUGAGGCCAUUCAGGUGGGCCUGAAUCUAGUGUAACUGGUUUUCUUAUAAGAAGAGAUUAGGACACAGAGACACACAAAACGGGAAGACCUCGUGAAGACACAGGGAGAAAACAGCCAUCAGCAAGCCAAGGAGAGAGGCCUCAGAAGAAACCAACUCUGCCGACACCUUGAUCUUGGACUUGUAGCCUCUAGAACUGUGAGAAAAUAAUUGUUUUUUAAGCCUCCCAAUCUGCGGUACUUUGUUAUGGUAACUGUAGCAAAUUAAUAUAGGCAGAUAUAAUCCUAAAUUUGAAUGGUGUUACAUAGGACGGUGCCUUAGCAUCACUUCUUUAAAAAUUUUUUCCUUUUAUUUUGUUGCAAAUGUAUAAAAUUUGUUUUUUAUCUAAACACAUUGGAACAUUUAUUAAGGAUUUAUGUUGUCUGGCUCUAGCAUACUGCGAGAGCAGGAUUUAACUAUCUAAAGAUACAGCUUACCAUUCUUUACGUCUCAACAAAGGAAGUUGGAUCUAAUACUUUGAUGGUCAACCUUAAAUAACCCCUCACUUGGAUCAGACGGCUCCCGGAGUAUGUGAUUUAUAGCCACACCAUCUUGAUGAGCCCCAGCAACGGAGUUCUUAACACUAGACCCAGACGUGGCCUUUUAUGGAAGGAGCAGUCAGCUGGCCGCCGCUCCCCUCACAAUCCUUCAAGCUAAGAUCGUCUCUACCAGGCAGCAUGGUAGAUAAAUUCUGGGGGCCCAAACAGUUACAAAUCAGAGAGCUUGAGAAGAUUUAAAGUUCUUUUGGGGGAAAAAAAAUAAGGUGAAAUAAACAGUGAAAAUCAUGAGUUCUCCUUCUGAGUGAAAGAAGACCAGCCUGGAUCCCUAUACCAACACAAGGUGAACUUGACCUCUCACAUUUUAUGUCUCAAGUGCAUAUCCUUCCUUGCAGUCAACCUUGCAGAACACUGUUUUACUCUGCAUUGUGGCUGUGAGACUUAAUGCCUGUGGAACAUGCAGGAGGUCUGACUCUUUGAGGAAACCAGCCCAUCUUACCCAUGCAGAGAAAUUCUGGAAGGAUGUGGUAUGUGAAGUUUUUACCCAAGAGGCCUCUCGAGCCAGACUAACUGGGUGCAAAUCCCAGCUUUGCCAUUUGCAGCUGGAUUGGGCAAGCAACUUACCCUCUCUGUGCCUCAGUUUCCUUAGUUGUUAAAUGGGACUAGUGAUAAUACCUAGUUCAUGGGGAUGUUGUGAGCAUUACAUAAAUUAUUAUUGUAAAGCAUUUAAACACUGCCUGGCAUGUGGUCAGCGAUAACUGGCUAAUACUGUUAUUUCUUGAGUUACAUAGACCAGUCCCUCAUAGAAAUACCUUUGUGGGAUUACAUUUUCAUGUUUUGAUUUUUGCCUUUGACAUUGCCCCAAUGGAACAGUGUUUCUGUAUCAAUCCCAAGAAAAUAAAUUAUCUACGUCUCAAUGUCCAAUUUAUUUGCAUAUGGUUACAAUUUAUAAAUACACUUGACGUUUCCCCCACCUCUGAAACUCUCUCUGGCCAGAAAUGGAUCCUGGGCCCCAUUAUACCUAGUAACUAGCCAAACACCCAGUUUUUCAUGACUCCCUUUCCUCUCUAGGAGGGGAGGACAGGGCUGGUCUUCAUACAGGGUCUACCUCAGUCCCUGGAAAGUGUGGCUCCUCAAAGCGCUGCAGCUUGGAGGUGAACGCCAUGAAUCCGUUAGAGGUCCCAGGGAUGUGACCAUGUAGCUGGCUCCAUUCUGUGCCAUGUUUUGGGUGUAGAGUGCCAUGGUGGGCAGCAGCAGACAUCAUAGGUUCUGUCUGUGCCUGAAGCUGAGCUGGUGCAGCCCCAGCAGGCAGGGGGGUUCUGCAAUGAAGUCUCAGGCAGU